GGAAGCCCCGCCUACAUCCGGGUUCCUGCUUCAAGCUGUUGAAAACACGCCACUCCGAGGACCGCGCAAAACUGCAAGAUCGGUGUUAGCCUGUUAAGAGUGAUUAGCAUAACAAUAAAAAUAUGUAAACAAAGCAAGCAAAUACCGGACCUCCUGUCAGUCAAACAUGACCGGAAGUAAGCCGAACGAAAGGUGCAGCGGCGCCUGCUCUCAUUGGCUGUAGCACAAAGUAAGGCCCGCCCUCCGUUGCUUACGACAGCAAAGGCGAGGAGACCAACUGAACUGGCAACUAACCCGGCGACCUGCCAAGCGGCUACAGUAGCCGUGACGUGUCUCCGUGGGACUACUACUUAACGAUGGAGACCAGACAACAAGAGUCUUGGGGCGAGGACUGGGGCAGCGUGGGCCCUGGAGAGGAAUGGGUUAAUCCCACAACGCACCAGGCAGAGCAGGGUUUCCUGGACUCGGACCCUCUGAGAGAAGCAGACGAGUACACGGCGUCACACAUCAUUCUGACUGAAGCAGAGCGAGAAGAAAUACAACAAGAACUGACUAGACUGGAGGAGGAGAUCAGUACUUUGAAGCAAGUGUUGGCGUCUAAAGAGAAGCAACACAGUGAACUUAAACACAAACUUGGAAUUAAUCCUCUCAUUGAAAUACGCAACAACUUCACUCGAGGAUGGCAGGACAUGCAGAGCUCUACUGCCUACAAGAGGACGUCAGAGACGCUAAACUCAGCUGGACAGAAGACCUCAGUGGCCUUCAGCACCCUGGGCAGCGCCAUCAACAGGAAGUUUGGAGACAUGAGCAUGGCUGGUCUACACUUACUGUUCCCCAGCAGGUCCGGUUCCAUUGGCUACUCUAUCACACACUCUGUCAGCAUGCCCGCCAUGAGAAACUCGCCCAGCUUCAAGUCUUUUGAGGAGAAAGUUGAGAGUACAGUGAGCACUAUCAAGACCAGAGUCGGUGGUUCGGGCACGGGUGGAAGCUUUGAGGAUGUUCUCUCCUCAGCUGCCAAGGCCAGCUCUCAGGACACGCCCAACAACGACUUGACUGACAUGCCAGAUAGGCCCCAGUAGACUAAAAUGACUCCAAACAGUAUUUAUUAAUUUGUCUUCUAACACAUUCUAAAUAUGCUGUAACUGUGCAAAGUCGUUGAUAAGAUAUUUGUAAGUGAGUGAGUUGUCUUCUGACACCUAGUGGCCACUAAUCAACAUUACAUCACAUGAGUGCUCACUUUUGUAUUCAUACUUUAUAAGAAACAGUCAAUUAUGCUGCACAACAUCUAUAUCUUAAAAUAUAUUGUAGCUCUGUUAGGUAUAACAUUUGUGUAAAAAAACAAUAGGAUGUGAUAUAAAACAUAGUUCAAUACUAACAUGCUGCUGCUGCAAGACAUUUGAAAGCUGGAUCGUGUUUUAUUCAUCAUUGUUUUCACACAAGGUUAAUAAGGGGCCACGUGCAAUAAAUUUACAGCACAUUGCACGCACAGUAACCCUCAUUUAGUUGUAUCUGAAAUUUAAGCACUCAGGAGAAUGACAUGAUGCUGAAGGAAGGAAAGAUUGCUAAAGCUAUCUGAUUGAAUAUUUAUUGUAUUAGAAUAUGAACAAUGUGGGCUCAUUAAGGUGGCACACAUUGUCCAUCCAUCCAUUUUCUACCACUUGUCCCUUUCGGGGUCGCUGGAGCCUAUCUCCGCUGCAUUUGGGCGGUAGGCGGGGUACACACUGGACAAGUCGCCACCUCAUCGCAGGGCCGGCACACAUUGUAUAGUGUAAAUGUAUUUAACAUUGUCAUAUCCAUCCAUCCAUUUUCUACCGCUUAUCCCUUUUGGGGUCACAGGGCGCUGGAGCCUAUCUCAGCUACAAUCGGGCGGAAGAACAUUGUCAUAUCCUUUUUCCUAUUGUUUGCUGAGAUGUAUUUUCAUGUCAACAUUUGAAGGUAACCGUCUUUUACAUGUUGAAAUAAAAGUGACUCUCAGGACCUGUCUUAUAAUUUGAAAAAACUUUAUUAAAGACAGCGAUAGGAUUGUUUUAACUGCGUGUCAUUACUUUCUCAACUAGUUUUAACCUGAUCUGUCAACAAUAAAGUGUUAAUACAA